UGCUGCCGCGAGGAAACGGGCGGAGGAGAAGUUCAAACCUCGCACACAAUCUGCCCCUAUAAUGAGUGAAUAUAAGGGUCUGUCGUUGACUAAACAACGUCCUAGUGUGGUAUUUUGAUUUUCAUCCUUACAAUAACUCACAUUUUUUUCUCCAGACAUCCCCUCCUCGAGGAUAACAAUCAAAACCCAAAGGACUCGGCCACCCCAACGGAGUGGUGCGCCACCGCCCAAAGCUGAAACUCUGCUUCAAGCCGCUGGGACGGUAGCGAGCCAAACCCCCCAACAACCGACCACUACUACCUACAGAGCUGGGCCUCGGAUUCGCACGACCUACCGCAAAAACGAUGGCGGUCACGUCACCCAGAUACCAUCUGAUCGAAGGUCCCCCUCGUUGCCAAAGAAGGGCACCCCUCCUACACGCCUCAAUGCCUCUAAGCAGGAUCAAAGGAUCAAAGUCCAACUCACUGAGGGGAAUCCCCCCAUGCCCAGUUCCCUCGCACAACAGCCUGACAGGGAGAGCGGGAUUGAAGCGAUAGAGGCUAUCCUCGCUGAGGCUCUAGACUCUACGAGUGUUGGAGAGGAUCCGCUUGUCGAAUCGGCAUUAACAGAGUUCGAAUUACAGCCUCGAGACGUCUCUGCCCUCUUGGGGGACGGGGCAUUCACAACGGUCCCCGAUGAAUUGUCUCGAGCGUCGAGGACACUGCCUGCUGUAGAAAUCCCUCGUUCUACCGCCAAUCCAACCCCCACCGCCGAACGACAAUUUCGCUCCAUACAGAAGACGCGCAGGACAUUUGGUCUCCGCCCCUCGUCCCUCAAAACAUCCUCUGCACCACAAGGCAAACAUUCAGGGCCUGGGAUGGAGCACGGACCGACUCCAAACAACCUAAUUGACCCUCACAUUUAUAUUUCUACUCUACCGGGCGCUGUUCGAUUCAAGCGAGAGCAAGUUGGAGGUGACUACGACCGUUUGUUACAAUUUGUGCCUCGCUCAGACAAACGUGUUCUCGACCUUGCAAUUCCUCCGCUCGCUAGGAAUGGGAGCAUUUCUCUCGAGGGCCGCGCGAGGGCUGUGAGGACAGUAGAAAAGUUGACUUCGUCAGCUUAAAAUUGUUGUAUUCUAAUCCAUACAUUGCUUAACAAAAACUAGAUGUCCUGUCCGCUUGUUGGGGGCUGAUCGGCAUCAAUUUUCCCUAAACCCUAAAACGCGUUUAGCGGCUGGUUUGUCCACGUCCAACGCAUUUUGACAGGAUAGUUGUGCUCCAUGUAUGUUUGUCGCUCGUCGUGAUGGCGGUGGGUUAUGGGUUGCUCAUUCGUAUCCAGCUCCCCUAAAAUUGUACUGGUAUCAUGCCACCUCACAAGAAUGUAGCAUCAAGACAAGCGCCUACAACAAUCCACGAAGACCAGUCUUGGGGGAAAAGAACUGGCAUCAUCUUACCGCAAACCAUAUCCGGACUGCUCGCGCUGG